UCUUUCUAUCAGUUUGCGUGUGAGAGGGGACUAGUUGCGGGCAGUUAGCGAGUCAGCUAAUCUACAUCCGUAUCAGCGGAACUCAAGGAAGAUUUUAUUACAAAUAAGUUUACUUUCGGUUUACUUCAAAGUAAGCAUUAGUUAGUAGAGUUUAACCGACUACUGCUUACUUAUAGGUCCUGGGUUUCCUUGGGCGCAGUGGAGUGUCGGGAAGUUUGGCGGUUUUAUCCCCCGCAUUGUUUGGGAACCGGUAUAUAUUAGCUUGCAAGCUAACUUUGGCCAUUGAGUUGAGUGGAGCUCGGUUUUCUAGCGGUUCGCAGAGGUUUGCGUAUCUUCUGCUCUCAGGAGCUGUUUGUUAUCAUACCCCAAAGUCUGUGAAAGAAAAUAAUAUUCGUAGUAUUCGUUGGAUUUCUUCAAAAAUGGCCGCAAAGGCGCUCGAGAUGGACGGAAGUGUAAUGGAAGGGGGCGGACAGAUCCUCAGGGUUUCAGCUGCACUCAGUUGUAUCCAAGGCUCUUCUCUGAAAAUCAACAAAAUCCGGGCAGGAAGGAGCACUCCUGGUUUAAGGCCUCAGCAUCUGUCAGGCUUGGAGCUGUUGAGGGACAUGUGUGAUGGGAAUCUGGAGGGAGCUACUGUGGGAUCCUCAGAGAUCACACUGACUCCCGGGAAGCUCAAGUGCGGCAGUUACAUCGCUGAUCCGCAGACUGCUGGGAGUGUCGGACUUCUGCUGCAGAUCUCGCUGCCUUGUGCGCUGUUCAGGGGACCUUCAGAGCUCUGCUUAAAAGGAGGAACCAACGCUGAGAUGGCUCCACAGAUCGAUUACACACUGAAGGUAUUUAAACCCAUCUUGGAGAGAUUUGGAGUUCAGUUCGACUGUGACUUAAGGAUGAGAGGUUAUUACCCCAAGGGUGGUGGAGAAGUGGUGGUAAAGGUGAACCCUGUGAAAGAGCUGAGCCCCAUCAACAUGACAGAUAGAGGUACCAUCACAAAGAUCUACGGUCGGGCCUUCGUGGCUGGAGUGCUGCCUUUCAAGCUGGCGAAGGACAUGUCCGCUGCAGCCGUGCGCACCAUCCGGAAAGAGAUCAAAGAUCUUUACAUCAACAUACAGUCUCUGCAAGAGAAGGACAAGGCCUGUGGAAACGGAAAUGGCAUCAUAAUCAUUGCAGAGUCCUCCACCGGCUGUAUUUUUGCUGGUUCAUCUCUUGGAAAGAAAGGUGUUUAUGCAGAUAAAGUUGGGAUUGAGGCAGCUGAGAUGCUCCUGAGGAACAUCAGGCACAACGGCUGUGUAGAUGAGUUUUUGCAAGACCAGCUGAUUGUCUUCAUGGCCUUGGCUAACGGAACGUCCCGGAUGCGCACAGGACCGAUCACUUUACACACACAGACUGCCAUCCAUGUAGCAGAGCAGCUCACUAAGGCCAAGUUUGCCAUACACAGAGCAGACGACGAACACGCCAACAACGACACCUACAUCGUCGAGUGCCAGGGCGUGGUGCCACCAACUCCAACCUGUGAGCUCGCUUUCGGCGCGCCGACGGAGGUCAUGUAGCAGAAACACACUACUGUAACCGACCGGACGGCGCGAAUGCCGUUCUCGUCCCAGCGUUUCUCUUCGUGCUUCCACAUGGAACGGCCGCUUCAUUAGUCUUUGAGCCGACCCAGAGUCGGUCCGCUUUGGUUCAUGCUUUUUAUAAUAAUCUCCCGUUUCUCAAAUGACUUUUGUUGCUCAGGGUAUUGCCUUACACUGUAACCGAGCGUCGUGUGUCCUAGGAGCUCUUUCGCAUUAAAGAUUAGUUGGUUAGAAUCUUCAGUAUUUAACCAGACACUACUAUUUUCUUUUUCAAUCCACUUCACUCUUUGGUGUGCUAAACAAGAGCCUUAAAGAAACGGUAAUUCCACAAUUUCAAUCAGAACAAGGUUCAAAUCCUGAUCAUGUGCAUGGAGCUAGGAAUAUGUAUGUCACCAGUAAUUAUAGUGCACUGUGUGUACAUGGAGCUAAACGAAAUGGUUUGCUGUUCCUGAACAAAACAAAAAUUGAUGUAGCUGCUUUGCCUUUUUGUUUUUUAUAUUUUUUUGUAAAUUAUUUAAGUUGAUGAAACACCAUGAGCGGUGUUUUUUUUUUUUGUUUUGUUUUUUUUUUCGUUUUUUUAAGCUCUCUCUUUAGCUUUAUUUGAUUUGUAAUGUGGUGGUCUGGGCGGAGUCCCUUAAAAAUGGUCAAUUAGUUAUUUUUUUUCCCCUUGUUUGUUUUUUCUUAUAUUUUUUGUAGUGCUUACUACUUUAUUUAUGAGAAGGGAUUAUACCUGGUGAUGUUUGUUUGCCACUUUUUUCUUUCUUUUUUUUUUUUUUUUUUGCUUCACUGUAGGUGACAAUGACCUCUAUUUACUUUAAGAUAUUUUUGAAAGAGAAAAGAUCACAAUAAAAUGGUUGAGAAUAUA